AUGUCAAGGCAUUUUGAGAGUCAGCACAAGCUCGAGUUCGACAAGUCACAUGUCAGGCUCGGCGUCGUCAAGUACGCCAGGUCGCAUGACAGAUGCUCCGAGUGCGCUGAGAGCAAAGAUGACUGUGUGAGAAGAGAUCCCGCCCUCAGUCCGAUGAGAGAGUUCAAACCCGCCAACGGCAGGCACGGAAACAUGCUACAUUCCGAGCACAACGCCUUGCAAGACGUAAAGCUCAGCACCCCGCGAAAGAAUCUGUCGAGCAGGAUGAAGGAAGACGUUGUGUUGCCUUCCUUGCAAAGGGCCUGGCCCUCGCCACGUCAGAGGCUGGAUGAUGAAACGAGUAGAAAGCUGCGGAAAAACCAUGUGAACAGCCUGCUGAAACAACUUCAAGACAAACGUUGGGAAUGCAGAAAGUUUGCAGUCAAAGAACUUUCCUCCAUCGCUUGCUCGGAUCAAACGUUGAACGAGCGAUCAAGGCAAGUGGCUGUUUGGGCUACAUCGCGGAUCUUCGGCAACGAGAAUAGGGAGAUUGUGAAAGAGCUCAUCGCCCGCCUCUCUCACCCCAUCCCUCAAGUUCGAUCUGCCGUCCUCGCUGCUCUCGGUCAUGUCGCGGCCAAAGGCGACGAGGAGACGAUCGAUCGAGUAUGGGCGAUCGCGAAGGAGAAGGACUGGCAGGUCAGGGAGUCGGCGGUCGAUGCGCUCGUACAAGUUUCAACCCCCGGCUGCCCUUUCGUUCUCUACAGGAUGCAUGUCUUGCUGGGCGAUGAGGACUGGAGGGUGCGACAGGUCGCGCUCGAGGCUGUUGACAGCCUGAUCGACAGGUCGCUUCCGAGUAUUCUCUUCAUCCUCAGGCUGUUGGAUCAACUGAAGCAGCGGAAUGAGCAGGGGGAAACAAGUCCCCAGCAGCUCGAGCUGUGGGCGGCAUGCGAGACAAGUAUCAGAAGGCUGCAGAUGGUUUCAUCCAUCCGAUGCAAGACAUGCGUUCACAUGGGCGGCUCCGGUCUGUUCAGCCUCGAACAAGCGACGCGAUCAAUGUCGACGAUCUGUCAGUCUUGCUUGGCAAGCUUUGAGAGCUGGCUGAGCAGACAAAUGCUCCUUCCCUUCUGGAUCACCUUCUUGAUGGGAGCUCACCCGCGGCUGGGGAGGAGAAGCUGGAUCAAUCAGCUUGACACUCAUGUCUUGCCUAUCAUACUAGAUGAAUGCAAGUGA